GUAAACGGGAUGCUGCGCUGACUGUGCUCCCUUCUCCUCAUCUUUUGUUGGUGGUGUUUGUCUCGCUGUUCUCCCUCUCACACCUGCGAUAGAGACGUUUAUAGGCACAAUGAGGGCCAGGUGAGGCGUAACAUUCGCCUCUUCCGUAUUCUUUUGACAUUUUUCGCUGAGCUUGUGUGUUCUUGGUGCUUUUUGUCCGCGGGACGCAGUGGAUCACCUGUUAGCUGCGAGGCUGCGGCGUAAUGAAACGCUGUUGUUAUUUUUGUGUCCAGGCUGUGGAUCGGGUUUCACGGGACCGGCUGGAAGCUGCUCUGCCAUCUACUGCCUGUGAGGUAUAAACAGCUUUCACAUUCCGGAGGCUCUAAAUAUAUCUAUUAAGGCCAGGAGGGGGAGGACUGCUGGGGGUUAUUCUGGGACAUUUCUCCACCGUGAUAAACUUGAAUUGCCACUUGAAUUACGCCGCGGAGCCUCAUAAUCAGUUUAUUGUUGAAAAACUCGAGCCUGUGUCCAAACAUGCCUUCCACGUUCGCCGUGAGGUCUAGGACGCGGGAGAGGAACAGCAUCCUGAGCAGACCUGAGUUCAUGUCACUUAACCAUCAGCCGCCCCGCGGCGCACCGAGCGGCUCCUCGGAGGGUCGUGGCGGAGGCGGCGGCGGCGGCGGUCCAAGACGCCCGGGUCAAAUCAAGCAGCAAACUAGCCAGAAGGGUGAGGAACCUACCGAGAGCGGGAGCAAGGACCGGAGAGAGUCUACCAAAAUGCCCGAGGAGGACUGCAUGCAGCUGAACCCUUCCUUCAAGGGGAUUGCGAUGAACUCCCUCCUCGCCAUUGACAUCUGCCUAUCCAAGCGCAUGGGGGUGUGCGCGUACACGUCCUCCUCCUGGGGAGGCUGCCGCUCCAUGGUGGCCCUGUUGGCGCUCACGGGUCACGGCAUCACGUGGAUCAUUGGUACAAUCGUGUGUCUCACACGGAGUAACACCCUGGCUGGACAGGAGGUGCUGGUCAACCUGCUGCUUGCCCUCAUCCUUGACGUCUUGACAGUAGCUGGAGUGCAGAGGCUGGUGAAGCGAAGAGGACCUUGGGAGAUGACGCCAGGCUUCAUGGACUGUGUUGCCAUGGAUGUUUACUCCUUCCCUGCUGCCCAUGCCAGUCGAGCUGCCAUGGUCUCCAAGUUCCUGCUGUCCCAUCUGGUUCUGGCUGUGCCUCUUCGCAUCCUGCUGGUACUGUGGGCCUUCCUGGUGGGCAUGUCCCGGGUGCUCCUGGGUAAACACCACCUAACCGAUAUGGUGUGCGGUUUUGCGCUUGGCAUGCUCCACUUCAGUCUGAUGGAGACGGUGUGGCUCUCGUCGAACGUGUGUCAGACUCUUAUUUCCAUAAGUACGCUCAGCUGGAGCCCGUUUUUCUGAGUGUUUCCUGCAAGGCAUUUCUGAGCUUAAGUCACUCCGCUGUGAAGUCUUUUGAUAGGUCCUUUUUUCCCCUAAAGGCUGUGAACAAAUAAACACAAAAACUAAGUGCAGUUGCUAACUUGCAUGAUUUCACAAGACCUGCAAGUCCCACACCAGACCCCACCUGUAACUUCAACAUCUCAGCUGUCUCACUUUAUUUCUGUUAAAUAGACAAAAAAAGAGGAGGAAUUAGACGUGAAGGUUUUUUAUGACUUUUAAAAAUAUCGCUAACAGAAUCGUUUUCUAUGCCUUUUGUCUGUUUUCCUGUUUCUCCUUUAAUUUGUUUGCCUUUUUAUUAAAUUUUUUUGCAAAAGAAAUCUAAAAAAUUGGGGUGAACAUUUUUGGAGGAAUCUCAUUGUUGUGAUAUUUGAAUUUUUCUGAUGGAUGUCUGAACCUUUCUCUGUGUGUUUCAGCUCAAUUACCUCACAUUUUAGAUGCAACUGAAUUUCUGUUUGUGGGGGAAAAAAUGACAGGUGCACUGAAUCAAACGUUUUUCUUACUCUCCAGGGACAGAAAAUAAGUUCACCUGUUUUACAUGAGGAAUUUCAUUUGAAAGUUUGUAGGAUUUUAGAGGUUUGUUUGUGAUAAAGUGGUUGAUGUGUGAAGUCUCCUUUUGCUAAAUUAUAACAUUAAUUUUUUUUUUUUUUAGAUUUGGUUACAUGUUGUGGCCGAGUUUGAAAAAAAUCAAUUUCCUGGUUUAGUGUCGUCGCUGUGUUAAUCAGAUAGCUUUGUUCUGUUCAAAAAUCUGUUUAACUUAUUUUUUUCUUCUGUUCAAUAAAAGCAGUUGUACAGUUAUGAAAA